GGUGCCGCGCAGGCAGGCUUCAUGCUUUAUGAAUUGGAAAAUAUGCUACUUGGACUAAUGAUGAACUGACCUACUGUCGACUAUAUCCCGGGCAUUGGGGCCGGUGUAUUCCUGGUGUACAAAACCGCAGGUGAUCUCAGUUCGACAUGGCGGCGUCCACAUCGCGAUUCGUGCCCCGACAGCGGAAGCACAAGGUGCGCGCACGCGAGCAAACCGGAUCUGCUGCACCAGAAUCAACGAACCAAGAGCAGAUCGUACCUUUAAGCAAGGUUGAGAGAGAAGUGAAAAGAGCCAGGUUACGGGAGGAGUUGAGAGCGCAGCAACCACCCAAGAUUUCGAGCAAGAAACAGAAACGCCUGGACAAAUACAUUGAGAACAAAUUGAAGAAGGAUGAGACGCUGGAUCUACUGCGUAAGUUGGAGCAGGAGAAGGAGAAAUACGAAGCAACGGCGGGCCUGCAGGAAUCCAAGAAUCUAGGGAAGAGGUCCUUUGGCGAAUUUGUGCAUGGGAAAGGUCCCAGCGUUAAGACGGGUCGCCAUGGAAAGAAGGCCAGCGGAUCACAUGACGAGUCUGAUGUCGACAGCGAGGACUCUUUCGAAGCUGACAACCCCGACGCUUUCGCUGACGGCGAGGAGCAGAAGGCCAACGGGAACACAAUUGACGCUGUGGGGGCGCAGGGCACCGGGCUUAAGCAACCACUGGCCGUCGAUGAAAACGGACUGCCUGUCAUACAGAUCCGGAAGAAUAAGAAGAGGAAAAAAAUCGAAGAGCAGAUGCCACAAGAAUUGCCGUGGGAAGGGUUUGAGUCUGAACCAGAAGAAGAUGAGCACUCAAGCGGGUUGGAUUCAGAAGACCUGGAAUCAGACGAUUCGCAGACAGAGAGUGACGACGAAGACGAUUCAGACGAUUCAGACGUCGAGGAGAGCGAUAUGGAUAGCGCGACGUCGUCCACAUCCGGUGGGGGCAAGCCAGCACCCAGGAACUCGGCUUUCAAAGCCUGGGCUACUGCGCAGUUGAACCAGUCAGUAGGUCAUGUACCCUCAUACACGACUGGUGAAGGAGAACUACCACCAAAACCGGAACAUGCCAUACCCAAACCGCAAAUUGCUUCGACGAUCACACCAGGCGUCCUCCCAGUACUGCCAGCUGCGCAGUCCGAUCGAAAAGUACACGCUUUCCAUGUUGAGCGGCCGCAAGAGAUUCAAGAAACGAGGUCUGCCCUACCGAUUCUCCAGCGAGAGCAGGAGAUUAUGGAAGCCGUUCAUAACAACGACGUGGUCAUCGUUAAAAGUGACACCGGUAGCGGUAAGACUACUCAACUCCCUCAAUUCUUGUUCGAGGCUGGCUACGGCUCGCCGGAGGGACCUACACCUGGUAUGAUAGGGAUAACUCAACCUCGCCGUGUAGCCGCUGUGAGCAUGGCGAAACGGGUUAGCACCGAGUUGGGUUCAUUUGGCGACAAAGUGUCGUACCAAAUCCGGUUCGACAGCACGGUGUCUCCCAAAACGGCCGUCAAGUUCAUGACCGAUGGCAUACUGCUAAGAGAACUUUCCAAGGAUCUGUUACUGAGAAAAUAUUCGGUGAUUGUCAUUGACGAAGCUCACGAGCGAAGCGUGAACACCGAUAUCCUCAUUGGUAUGCUCAGUAAAAUCGUGCCAGGACGGAUGCAAAAGAGCAAAUUCAACCCGAAUCCAACCCCACUUAAGUUGAUCAUCAUGUCAGCAACGCUCAAUAUUGACGACUUUCUCCAUGAGAAGUUGUUUCCAGUUUCUUUGAGACCACCUAUCGUCGAAGCCGAAGGUCGUCAGCACAGAGUGACCACACACUUUGCAUUGAAGUCGAGAGCGGACUAUGUGGAGGAGGUCAUCGAAAAGGUUAGACGCGCUCACAAAAAGCUUCCACACGGCGGAAUACUUGUCUUUGUCACGGGACAAAACGAGAUUCGAGAAGUCGGCAGACGUCUGGGAACGCUGCUAGCGCCACGCAAUGGCCAUAACCCUGCCUUGCCACGUGUGCAGAUUGCUGCAAGCGAAGCACCAAUCGAAGCCGAAGAUCUCGAGAUAGGCGAUCCCAAGGCAAUCUCGGCAGAAGACGACUUUGACGAGGUCGAUAUCCUGACUCAUUCCGAGGACGAGGCUGCAGAUGACGACUUUGAUAUUUCGGAUGAUGAGGAAAAGGAAGGUGACGAGCCUGCCUACGUACCGGCUAAGUCGGCCACAUCGUCUAAACAACCGUACAAUUCUGUCCACAUCUUGCCACUAUACUCUCAGCUUCCGACGAGCGAACAGCUCAAGGUUUUCGAGCCACCGCCAGUUGGUGCUCGUAUGAUUGUGCUUGCGACCAACGUAGCAGAGACUAGUUUGACCAUACCAGGCAUUCGAUAUGUCUUCGACACGGGUCGCAGCAAAGAGCGAAAAUACAAUCUCGACACAGGCGUGCAGGGCUUUGAAAUUGACUAUAUCAGCAAGGCGAGCGCACAGCAACGAGCCGGUCGUGCGGGUCGUACGGGGCCUGGUCACUGUUGGCGCUUGUACACGUCCGCUGUGUAUGAACAGUACUUCCCUGAUCAUGCAGAACCAGAAAUUCUCCGAGCACCUGCCGAGAGCGUUGUUCUUCAACUCAAGGGAUUCGCUUAUCCGCGACCAGUUGCCGACUUCCCCUUCCCUACUCCUCCGGCAACAGUGACAUUGAACAAAGCUGAGAAGCUGCUUAAAAACCUCGGCGCAUUGACAAACUCUGGUAGCAUAACCGAUUUGGGCAAGCAACUCUCCGUUUACCCGCUUUCUCCUCGCCUGGGCAAGAUUUUGACCGCCGGCACCACAGACACUGACGUCCUCUGGCACGUAUUGACGCUGGUCUCCGGAUUAGCAGUCCCGGAGGUGUUCAUCACAGAAGCACAGGCUGAUCUCGCAUCGUCGCAACAGGGUGGGGAGUUGUACACUCUGAAGGACCAGCAAGCAGACGACGAACGAGACAAUCGGCGACAAGCAUUUGGGCGUGCUCGUGCAACACUUUCAAAAUCUGACAAAAUGUCCGACGCCAUGAGAUUUUUUACGGCGGUGUCGAUGUACCUCGGUGCAAGCGACAAGGAGCAACUGUGCAAAGACCUGUUCCUCCGGUCGAAGGCGAUGGCAGAAAUAGCUCAGUUGCGCAGCCAGCUCGAGUCCAUCGUCCGCGCCAAUCACCGGGAGAUCUCGAGCGAUAUGCUUGUCAAGUCCAAAGCAGCAAACCUAUCGUCUGGCAAAGUCAAGCAUCUCAACUCGAUUGCGGCAAGCGGGUACAUCGACCAAGUCGCCAUCCGGUACGACAGGGCACCGAACCCUCCUGAUGUUCCAGUCAAGCCACGCAGAGCCAUCGAGGUGCCUUACCUUCCACUCGUCCCAUUACACGACAGGGCAUCGGCAUCCAUCGUCGAGAGGGCAGUGUACAUCCAUCCAUCGUCGGUGCUUGCGCGGCUUACAGUCAAGGAAUUGCCAGAGUACAUUUCAUACAGUCAUCUACAGCGUGCGCAGGCGCAUACCGUUGCCACUGAAGCAGUGCCCAAGACGCGUAUGUUCCCACUUACGCCACUGGACGGUGCGCAGUUGGUGCAUCUGGCGCGCGAAACGGCGUUAAUUGAGUAUGGAAAACCUGUACCCAAGACGAAGGUUGAGGACAUUCCGGGCACCCCUAGGCGUAGGGAAUGUUGGGUUUUGGUCGAGUUGAGGGCUGCGAAGGGCUUGGGGUUUGGGUGGCCGCUGCCCCCAAUGAAGGUGAGGCAAGUGGUUGAUGUCAAGGAGGCCACUGGGUGGAGGGUUGAAAAGGUGCUGACUUAGAUACUGCAGCCGUCAUAGCAUAGGCCAAGAUGCGAGUCAAUGUUGCCGUGGGCGGGCUUCACCCACCAAACGCGGCGUCUACUAAGGGAAAUGUAACUUUCUCACCGGUUGUCUCCGUAUUUUCAGCCUUGUUGUGUAGUCCCACUGCCAUCCAUAUCCUCCUUGACUCAUUCUUUCCUAAAGCCGCCAAGAUGUCCUGUUUCACUGGAAUUGAGGCCAAGUUCGCCGGACCCUCUCGAGCUGAUCUCAAUUGUUGAUGAGAUGGACUACGAGUGAUGGCUGAUCUUGACCUGUACGGCCUCGGCCAAGUCGGAAUGUACCAUGAACUCAUGGAAUGGGG